AUGGCGAGCUUACCACUUGUGCGGGAGCUAUCAAGCGAGGAAGCUAGCCCUGGCCCAUUUGAUGAAGUAGAAUCUGCUGGAAAAGGCACCCUGGAAUUGGAAAAAUUAACCUUGAGAGAUCCAGUUGGUGACGACCACGAUGACCACAAUCAAGUUGAGCCCACCAACUUGUCAUUCCACGAGGGUAAAUCGCUCUUUGACAUAGAUAGCAAAAGGUCUGCACUUGAUCACCUCAAACAGCAACCGGCAUCUCCUAGUAGAAGAAGACUGUCGGUCAUCGCUCAGGUAGCCGUUCCGGAGCCUCCUUCUCUGAAAUUUGCGCAAAAUAACGACCGCCAUGCCUCUGCCCAAUACAAAAUGGGGAUGGUUCUCAACGAGGAUGAGCAAUUUUCAGAUGUGCCACCUGAUGAACUGAUUGACUUGUACUCUAAAGUUCAAGAUUGCCGCAAGCUUAGAAGCAAAUACCAAAAACUUUCAUUGCAGGAGAAUCCUGAUCAGAAUCCGAAAAAUCAAAAUAGUUGGGUCAUUUACCCAGGUCCACCCAAACCUACCUACAAUGCCGAAACUAAGACAGUCAAGAAGGUGCACAAUCGACCAGAUACCGAAGUUUUUGACUUUUCACAGAUAGAUAUUCCUGGUGAAGAUCCAGACUGGAAUUUUCAGAUGAACGCAGAUGACGCUUAUGUUGUUGUUGCCACCGAUGAUUCAACAAAGUGUUUCUCCGAGGUUCCAUCGUUGAAGCAAUACUAUAAAGAUUUAGAUGCGUUGGUGGCAAUAUCGUCGGAUGGUCCUGCGAAGUCUUUUGCUUUCAGAAGACUUCAGUACCUCGAAGCACGCUGGAAUUUGUACUCUUUGCUGAACGAAUAUCAAGAAACGUCAGUCUCUAAAAAAAAUCCCCACAGGGAUUUCUACAACGUGCGUAAGGUUGACACCCAUGUCCACCAUUCUGCUUGCAUGAACCAAAAGCAUUUGUUACGCUUCAUAAAGCACAAGUUGAGACAUUCCGCUGAACAAAAGGUCAUCUAUAGAGAUAACAAAGUCCUAACACUCGAGGAAGUAUUCGACUCUCUAAAUCUCUCUGGCUACGAUUUAUCUAUCGAUACCCUAGACAUGCACGCCCAUAAGGACACUUUCCACAGAUUUGAUAAGUUUAAUUUGAAGUAUAAUCCUAUUGGCGAAUCUCGUCUUAGAGAAAUUUUCUUGAAGACUGACAACUACAUCAGGGGUACUUAUCUUGCCGACAUCACUAAGCAAGUCAUUUCCGAUUUGGAGAAUUCAAAGUAUCAAAUGUGCGAGUAUAGAAUAUCCAUUUACGGCAGAUCUAUUGACGAGUGGGACAAGUUGGCCGCAUGGGUUGUCGAUAACAAGGUCAUUUCACAUAACGUUAGAUGGCUAGUGCAAGUACCCCGUCUCUACGAUAUUUACAAGAAAACCGGGCUUGUCACGAGUUUCAAUGAUAUUACGAGAAAUUUAUUCCAACCUUUGUUUGAGGUUACCAAGAAUCCCCAAUCACACCCAAAGCUGCACGUUUUUCUCCAGAGGGUCAUUGGAUUUGACUCAGUUGACGAUGAGUCUAAAGUGGACCGUCGCUUCCACCAGAAGUAUCCCAAACCCUCUUUAUGGGAGGUUUCCCAAAACCCACCGUAUUCGUACUACCUAUACUACCUGUACUCGAGUAUGACAUCGUUAAAUCAGUGGAGGGCCAAGCGUGGCUUUAAUACUUUCGUUCUUAGACCCCAUUGUGGUGAAGCGGGUGAUCCAGAGCAUCUGAUUUCUGCCUAUCUUCUCGCCCAAGGCAUCUCCCACGGUAUAUUGCUCAGGAAAGUACCCUUUGUACAGUACUUGUAUUACUUGGAUCAGAUAGGAAUAGCAAUGUCCCCAUUGUCCAACAAUGCCCUCUUUUUGACUUAUGACAAAAAUCCGCUUCCUUACUAUUUUAAGCGGGGGUUGAAUGUUUCUCUUUCGACUGAUGAUCCACUUCAAUUCUCUUAUACCAGAGAACCAUUGAUUGAAGAAUAUUCAGUAGCUGCUCAAAUUUACAAGUUGUCGAACGUUGAUAUGUGCGAAUUGGCCAGGAAUUCAGUUUUACAAAGUGGCUGGGAGUCGCAGAUUAAGAAACAUUGGAUUGGCAAGGAUUUUGCAUUAGAAGGCAUUCGUGGUAAUGAUGUUGAAAAAACCAAUGUUCCAGAUAUCAGAGUUAAUUAUCGUCAGGAAACAUUGAGCACCGAGAUUGAACUGGUUGAUCAUUACGCUCAAUUCAGAAACCAGGAUGCGCGCGCCGACGACUAG